CCUGCCCCGCCUGCCCGCCCUGGUGGCCGUCUGGGGGCGACAAGUCCUGGGAGAACCAGACGGAAGCGCCGCUGGGACUGACACGUGGACUUGGGCGGUGCUGCCCUGGUGGGUCGGCCCGGGCUGGGAGGCAGCCCCGGGACACAGCUGUGCCCACGCCGUCUGAGCACCCCAAGCCCGAUGCAGCCAACCCCAGAUGAGGCCCGGAGGGACAGGGCCGGGGACAGCCAGUGGUCCAGGCCCGAGUGCCAGGCAUGGACAGGGACGCUGCUGCUGGGCACGUGCCUGCUCUACUGCGCCCGCUCCAGCAUGCCCAUCUGCACUGUCUCCAUGAGCCAGGACUUCGGCUGGAAUAAGAAGGAGGCCGGCAUCGUACUCAGCAGCUUCUUCUGGGGCUACUGCCUGACGCAGGUUGUGGGCGGCCACCUCGGGGACCGGAUUGGGGGUGAGAAGGUCAUCCUGCUGUCAGCCUCUGCCUGGGGCUCCAUCACAGCCGUCACCCCGCUGCUCGCUCAGCUGAGCAGUGCCCACCUGGCCUUCAUGACCUUCUCACGCAUCCUCAUGGGCUUGCUCCAAGGGGUUUACUUCCCCGCCCUGACCAGCCUGCUGUCGCAGAAGGUGCGGGACAGUGAGCGAGCCUUCACCUACAGCACCGUGGGCGCCGGCUCCCAGUUUGGGACGCUGCUGACCGGGGCAGUGGGCUCCCUGCUCCUGGAAUGGUACGGCUGGCAGAGCGUCUUCUAUUUCUCCGGCGGCCUCACCUUGCUUUGGGUGUGGUACGUGUACAGGUACCUGCUGAGUGGAAAAGAUCUCGUCCUGGCCUUGGGAGUCCUGGCCCAAGGCCUGCCGGUGUCCAGGCACAACAGAGUCCCCUGGAGACGGCUCUUCCGGAAGCCUGCUGUCUGGGCAGCCGUCAUCUCCCAGCUCUCUGCAGCCUGCUCCUUCUUCGUCCUCAUCUCCUGGCUGCCCACCUUCUUCAAGGAGACCUUCCCCGACGCCAAGGGUUGGAUCUUCAACGUGGUGCCUUGGUUGGUGGCGAUUCCUGCCAGUCUAUUCAGCGGGUUUCUCUCUGAUCAUCUCAUCAAUCAGGGUUACACGGCCGUCCCUCCCCUGCAGGUUACACGGCCGUCCCUCCCCUGCAGGUUACACGGCCGUCCCUCCCCUGCAGGUUACACGGCCGUCCCUCCCCUGCAGGUUACACGGCCGUCCCUCCCCUGCAGGUUACACGGCCGUCCCUCCCCUGUAGGUUACACGGCCGUCCCUCCCCUGCAGGUUACAGAGCCAUCACGGUGCGGAAGUUCAUGCAGGGCAUGGGCCUUGGCCUCUCAAGCGUCUUUGCUCUGUGCCUGGGCCACACCUCCAGCUUCUGUGAGUCUGUGGUGUUUGCAUCAGCCUCCAUCGGCCUCCAGACCUUCAACCACAGUGGCAUUUCCGUUAACAUCCAGGACUUGGCCCCGUCCUGCGCCGGCUUUCUGUUUGGUGUGGCCAACACAGCUGGGGCCUUGGCAGGUGUCGUGGGUGUGUGUCUGGGCGGCUACUUGAUCGAGACCACAGGCUCCUGGACCUGCCUGUUCAACCUUGUGGCCAUCAUCAGCAGCCUGGGGCUGUGCACCUUCCUGGUAUUUGGACAGGCCCAGAGGGUGGACCUGAGCUCCACCCACGAGGACCUCUAGCUUCCAACCCCACAGCCUCUCCGAGGACCCAGGCACCAGCAGCCCCGGGACAGAGGGGACUCAGUGUGUGGGACUUGGUCACUCCAUGUCAGACGCAUGAGCAGAGAGGAACGCAAACCACUGUAGAGCCUGAAGCUCCUUAAGGAGAGUCCACACCAGCUGGCGGGAGGGUGGGGUGGGCCUGGGUCCAGACCAGGCUCACUGCUCUCUGGGCCUCAGUUUCCCCACCUGCCAGCGGGCUCGGCCCUGUCUUCCUCACAGGCUGGUGUGGCCGUUAGGGUGAGUGGAGUUAUUGUUAGUAGGCGCAGCCUCAUUCCCACCACGAUCUGUUCCGCGUGGUCUCGCCAAGCCUCCCACAGUGCCGUGGGUCCCGCCAAGCCUCCCACAGUGCCGUGGGUCCCGCCAAGCCUCCCGUGGCUGCUGUGGGUCCCUCCAAGCCUCCUGCAGCCGCCAUGCUCUCCGCAAGCCUCCUGCAGCGCCCGCCUGCCAAUGUGAGGCCGGCACCAGGCUGCAGCCUCCCCAACCCCAGCCCACUUUGCUGUGUCUCUGGAGGACCCGCCCUGUGCGCUGUAGGAUGCUUAAAGGCAUCCCUGGCCUCCACCCACCCCUUGCCAGCAGCACCUACCCUCCCUCCUCCCAGUCAGACAACAGCCAGAAAUGUCUCCAGACUCUGCUCAGCCUCCCCAGGUAGCCACCCUCGAGACACGACUUCAGAGUCACUGCGUCUCCCAGUAGCCUGACAGAGACUCCCAGGGCGUGGGUGGGUGGCGGGUUAGAGACCCUGGCCCAUCUCUGGGACCCUGGCGCCGCUCUCUCCUCCUGUGGAUCCCUCCACACUAGCAGUGUUCUCAGUGGGCAGAUGCCUGGGCACCCCUUGGGCCCUGCCCAGCAUUGCCGUGGCACAGGCUCUCGAACCCGCAUGGCUUUCCCAGGCCUGGUGAUUCUGCUCUCCAGGGACGGUUGGCACCUUCCUCGGGGGUGGGCCCCAUGCACCAGAACACACAGACCCACCUUUCUGGCUUCCUUCCUUCCUUCCUUCCCUUCCUCCCUUCCCUUCCUCCCUUCCUUCCUUCCCUUCCUUCCUUCCCUUCC